AUAUAUUGUAUAUAUUUAUCUUUUCAGAUCCUAUUGAAGAGCAGAGCUAUGUGUGGGUUUUACAAUCGCGAUAAUGCGGAAUGUGGGCCUUAUGGUUUUGUUUGCGAAGGAAUAUCAAAAGUAAGGUUAUGCGAUGGUGAGAAAUUAUUAGGACCCACUUUUCUCUGCCCAGCUAACACCAUUUGCAACGAGGAGUCCAGUGACCUGUGCGAGAAUGUUAUAAACUAUAUAGAUUCCUCUAUAACUAAGAACGUUCGAUGCCAUCGCAGUGAAAGAUUAGCUGAUCCAACUGUCCCUGAUUGCAAAGGAUACAUUCUGUGCAUUCCUAACAAAAACCGUUUUCAGGGUAUCAAGUUUAAAUGUUCAGGUAAUACUGUGUUUAAUGGUUACACUCGUGCGUGUACGUCUCCCGAAAGAUAUAAAUGUCCAUUAGUCAACGCAACGAAGACCAAACCGCAAUUUUAUGGCGAAUUUAAUACAAAGGCGAAUACGUAUCGUGAUAACAGUUUCCAGGGCUCAAAUACUGCAGGUCAUAGACCUAUAGAUUGCAAAAACUACAAAUUCACGUUAACUCAAGACACUAGUCCGGUACGGUCCACAUACUUUUGCCCUUCAAAACCAGUAAAUGGUGAAAAUUCAAUUCGUUGCACUGUAUUCUCGAACCAUUUCUGUAUGACCCUAGAAAAGGAUGUCGAAGAUCAAUUCAUUCAAAGAACAGGUGCAGCAUAUCGGAUGCCCCGGCAGCAUCCGGCCGAUCAGAAACAAUAGAAUUUAAA